UUUGGCAUAUAUUCGCGCUCACCAUCUGCGUUUACCAAAACACAUCUAUCUGCAGCCAUGGCCAACGUACUGCUUUUUGGAGGGGCACUAUGCUUGUUAAGUGUUAUCGCUUGUCUUGCUGCAGCCAGUAACGAAGAUGAGAAACAGGUCAUUGUUCUCUCAAUGCCCGGAGAGAGCUACGGCCACUAUUAUGACCUUAAAACCCUUGAAAAGAUCGCAGAAUUUAUCAAGGAGAUGGACCAGAAGACAUUCGGGCGAGACGAUCUGUUCGUUGUGCACGACGAUACGGGAUUAAAACCCAGAUACCUUGGCAAUUACAAUUUCAUCAACGCAAAACUGAUCAAAGUACCGGUAGGCCAGACACUUGAUCUGUGGAUGCGAGACUUCCCUCCUGCCAUGCCUAAGCAACAGAUCAAAUUCAAGUACGAUCCCGACUACCUGAAAGAAACCGAUAAGGCAAAGACCGACACAGUCACGUUUAAAAGAUUCGCUGAAAUGAUUGGAAUUCCCCCAAUGCAUCUCAGUGACAUAGUAAUCGAAGGUGGCAACAUCGUAGAAAAUGGCAAAGACAUCGCCAUCACUACAGCGCGCAUUUACAAUGACAACCCAUCCAUUGAGCAAGCACAGCUAGUUAGGAAGCUUGAGAACGAAAUCAACCGGACUGUGGUAGUGCUGGAUGACCCCAAGGACACAACCGGACACUCGGACGGCCUGGUAUCGUUCGUGGACGAGAACACCUUGCUCAUCUCGAUGUUCGAUGAUGCUGACGCGCCGAGGUACUACAGUUCCAUGGAGAAAGCAGUCACGUCUAAAUUCCCCAAUGUUACCGUGGUUCCUCUGCCUUGCUACACCAAGAAGGAUACAGAGCACGGCUUCAAGACCGCCGAGGGAUCUUACGCCAAUUCGUUAGUCACGAAUAAUGCUGUGUACGUGGCUAUGUACGCGAAUCAGGCGGCUAACGCUGUGGCGGAAAGGGUCUUUAGGGAUAACACUCCGAUCACUAAAGAAGUCAUCCCGGUGUACAAGGCAGGCGAAGUACCGAUCCUGGGUGGAAGCGUUCGAUGUAUGAGCUGGCAAAUUGACCGGAACCAUCCCGUGGCACAGGCGCUAAUCAGCUACGUGGAAAAGCUCUAAGACCUGAUGACGACACGGCAAGGUCCAAUACAACAUGUAUUUAGAAUAUAGAAAUCAGCAAUUAUAUCAGAUGUAAUUUCAAAAAAUGAUUUAAUGAAGUGGUUUAUUGAGUCUCCAAUUAAAACAAAAGAAAUCAA